ACUUUGUUUAUCUUGCAGGCUGUUUGGCUGAAAUGCGCUCCGACUAGUUGUUUCGCUUCUCCUCCGUCUCGUCGGUCUCACACCGCUUUUCCCCCCUCCAGCCGCUGAGGAGAGAGUGAAACUGAACUCCUGCAGCCUCCAGUCCGCCUCUUUGUUAUUCACUUUGAUUUUUAUUCUCGUGCAGCGGUAAUAAUUGGUGUCAGAGAGACUCCCCUCGUGCUCCCUUCAUCGACCCAAAUAUUUGCGUUUGCAUUGAACGUGGGCGUCCUCCAGACGGCUUGGCUUGCGGUGAUUGAGGGAGGGGGGGUUGAAUCUGUUGCAGCUCCAGGAGGCACCUCGACGGGAGAGAGGGAGCGAGCGAGCGAGAGAGAGAGAGAGGAUUUUCUAUCCGUGCAAUCUGGAGAGCGCCAUGGCGACAGAAGUGGAGACGUGGUCCGCCGCUCCGCCAGCCGACGGGAUGCCUUCAGUGGACGGUAACCUGGCCGAGGGGAGCCAGCCCUACAGCGACGACGAGGACGCGCUGAACGAGGUGGAAGUCAACGGCAACUGGACGCCCCAGGAGAAAGCGCUCCACGAAGCCCGUCUCAAAGCCAAGGCCAAGCGGCGCCUGCGAAAGUCUUCGUCCCGCAACUCCACCAGCGAGUCCUUCUCCGAGUCGGGAGAGCUGGUACCGGGAGACCCACACAGUCCGAAGGGCAAAGCCAACACCAACGACCGCAAGUCGCGGACGGGCAAAGGCAGAGGGCUUCCAAAAAAAGGAGGAGCUGGCGGCAAAGGAGUGUGGGGAGCUGCUGGGAUGGUUUACGAGGUUGAAGAGCCUGACGCUCGGGACCCAAACUACGACGAGUCUUCUCAGGGGGACACAGUUUACGCCACAGUUGUGCCAGAAGUUGACGAGAAAGAACUAGAAAAAAUGGUCAACCCAAUCGUCCAGGAGUACUUCGAGCAUGGAGACACGAAGGAGGUGGAGAUGCUGCUGAAGGAGCUCAACCUGGGUCCGCACAAGUACGAGUUCUCCUCCUUGGCCGUGUCCCUGUCCCUCGAGGGUAAAGCCAGCCACAGAGAGCUGACCUCCCGCCUGCUGUCCGACCUGUCGGGGAAGAUGCUGUCGCAGCGCGACAUGGGACGCGCUUUCGACAAGAUCCUCAAAGAGCUGCCGGACCUCAUCCUGGACACACCGGAGGCUCCGCAGAUGUUAGGCCAGUUUAUUGCCAGAGCCAUAGCGGACCAUGUCCUGCCCAUGGACUUCCUGGACUGUUACAAGGGAAAAGUGGACUGUGAGCACGCCAGAGUGGCUUUAGACCGCGCCGCAGUGCUGCUGACCAUGAAGAGGGAGAUGGUCCGUCUGGACAAUGUGUGGGGCGUCGGAGGAGGCCUGAGACCGGUCAAGCAUCUCAUCAAAGAGAUGAACCUUCUGCUCAAGGAGUACCUGAUAUCAGGCGAUGUGGCUGAGGCGGAGCACUGUCUGCGGGACCUGGAAGUCCCACACUUUCACCACGAGCUGGUCUAUGAGGCGGUGGUGAUGGUGCUGGAGUCCAAAGGCGAGAGCGCCAGCCACAUGAUGAUGAAGCUCCUUCAGUCGCUCUGGAAAACGGGCCUCAUCACUGUGGACCAGAUGAACAGGGGAUUCCAGCGCGUCUUUGAUGAGCUCCCUGAAAUCAGCCUUGACGUGCCGCAUGCCCACGCCAUCAUGGAGACCUUUGUGGAUCUCUGCUACCAGGAGGCAGUGAUCACCAAGCAGCUGAGGGACGCCUGCCCCUCCAGAGGGCGAAAGCGUUUCGUUAGUGAAGGAGACGGAGGCCUGAUAAAGAAUUAAUCCAGAAGAAGAGGAAGAGGAGCAGCGGGGGAAGAGGAUGACGGGUGUCUACUGGUUCUUACACCCUGUUUCUGCUUCAGCGUGUUUCCCUGAGACCGGGCAUGCCUGCAGUCCAGCGUUUCCUUGUUCCCCUCCUGAUAACGUUGUCAUCACACAAACCAGCGUUGACGUUCGGUGGAAGUAAACUGAAGAGUGUCUCAGGCAUUCAGUUCCCUUCAUCUUGUUCAUCACUGUUCUAGAGGAGUUCUGUUUUUUUUUUUGUUUUGUUUUGUUUUUUUCCUUAAAGAAUAUUCUGUAUUUCUGGGGUUGAUUCAAACCUCUUGCCUCAGUCUUUGUACCUGUUUGUUAACAAAAAAAAAAAAAGAAAAAAGAAAAACUUGUCAGAGCUGCAGGGAGGCAGGCUGGGAUUUUUUUGG